UCGAUCGUGGACUGUCAAAAUCAGCACUCAACGACGACGACGAGCGCUGCCGGACGGAGGUAGAAGAAACGGUGCAGAAACGAGACGGCAGAAGCAGGCACGAAACGACGGUACCGAACAGAGUGUGCGAGAAAUCUUUCACUUUGCCCCGUUGCAGUCCAAUCAUGGCGGCUUUCGUAGGACGAAUUUGUGGAUCCGGAUUGUUGAGCCCGAAAGGCGGCGCUACCUUGCAGAAGGUACAAAAUUUCUCUACGAGCCGCGCCUGGACCAAGAACCAGAAGGUUGCCACCGCUGCCGGUGUGCUGGUCGGAGGCGCCGGAGCGCUUCUGUACGCGCUCGAACAAUCGGUGUCCGCUUCCGGUACGGAGGUGCACCCACCGGAGCUGCCAUGGAACCAUAAGGGUAUGCUCGACUCGCUCGACCACGCGUCGGUCCGGCGCGGGUACGAGGUGUACAAGCAGGUGUGUGCGGCCUGCCACUCGAUGCGCUUCAUCGCCUACCGCAAUCUGGUCGGCGUGUCGCACACCGAGGCGGAAGCGAAGGCCGAGGCGGAGGAGAUCCAGGUGCGCGACGGUCCGGACGAGGCGGGCAACUACUUCAUGCGGCCCGGCAAGCUGUCCGACUACUUCCCGAGCCCGUACCCGAACGAGGAAGCGGCCCGCGCCGCCAACAACGGUGCCUAUCCGCCCGAUCUGAGCUACAUUGCGCUCGCACGUCACGGUGGCGAGGACUAUUUGUUCGCGCUGCUCACCGGCUACUGCGAUGCGCCGGCCGGCGUGGUGCUGCGCGAGGGUCAGUAUUACAACCCGUACUUCCCCGGUGGUGCCAUCUCGAUGGCGCAGGCACUGUACAACGAGGCCGCUGAAUAUUCCGACGGUACGCCACCGACUGCCAGCCAGCUGGCGAAGGAUGUGUCCACGUUCCUGGUGUGGGCCGCCGAACCUUACCACGACGAGCGCAAGCGCAUGGGCAUCAAAUCGGUCGGCAUCAUCAUGAUCCUCGGUGCGCUGUCCUACUACAUCAAGCGACACAAGUGGGCCGCGCUCAAGACGCGAAAGAUUUCCUUCCACCCAAAGAGCAAGUAAGCGGGACCGCGCUCGGGCCGCACCAACAACAGCAGCAACAGCAUAGGUGAGAUGUGAGGUGGAGGAAACUGGCCAUCAGCUGCCGACCGCGCGAAUCGAGACCACUGGACGGGAAUCAUCGGCAUACAAACAACAAAACACACACGCAGAGGAAAAAAGCGCAAAAGAAACGAAGGAAAAACCGGACGCAAAACGGCUCUAGGAGAGACACGCUUUAGAGUAACGCCGGCAACAAUUGGCACCUAGGAACACAGUGCACCAGUGGGAAUUGGGUGCAAGGAUGUACGAGGAGGAGGGUAGCGAAGUGUAGCGGCUGGGAGGGGGGAGGGUCGAAUGUAAGGACUUUGUUUUAUUAAAGAAUAGGAUAUUAAAAUCAAUCCUAAGCUACCGAUACUCGCCAAAUACAGAGAAGGAUCCGUCUGGUUACAGCUGCCACCAACCUUACGCAAACAAGAACAGGACACCUCCCUUUCGCCAGCCACUUCUCGCUUCUCCCCGUGUGUGCGUGUGUCACCCCCUUCCAUCUGACACCAGCCGCGAUCUGUUUACGGAUUGCGUGCGCCGCGCAACAUCCUUGCAACGGGCUUCUGGUUAGUUUUCUUUUCCUUCCUUUCUUUUCCACAUGUAUAGUUCAAUUAUCCUAUUGUACGCAGUAACAAACCACUACCCGAUAUGUGCUACAAGAAAUUACCGACACAAACACAAAGCUCUCACGAUCGUCUUGUUUCUUUUGUGGGUGAGGUCGAUUUCCGGGACGAUACGAUUCCCUGUCCGAAAGUGGGUGUGUGUGUGUGUGUGAUCACCAGGUGGUCACAAUUACUGCUCUUGUGAAAGUUAAAGCGUGUCAAUUUUAAAUUUGUCACACUAGUCCCAAUGGCCGCGUGCGCUUGUGUGUGUGUUUCACCCAUCGUGGAGCUGGUGGUGCACGAUCCUUUCUAAAAGGAGCAAAAACACAAGCGUCCUUGUUGUAGUAGUAGUGGUAGUAGUAUGGAGGCAUAAGAUUUUAUUUUAUAAAAAAUCAUCAAAAACUUGGUCGAACGAUUCCCGCGGUUUGGCGGCGGAUGAUGGAAAGUGUGAUUAGCAAAACAAACAAAAAAUAAAACCGAAACCGUUGUUAAUUUAA